CCUGGCAAACAGACGCAGAGCCCAGUGAGUGCGGUUCUUUGUGGUUUUCGACAGCCUCCAUCGGGAUUUCAAUUCGGAGCCCCCUGAGCCUUGGAAGAAGACACCCCUCGUCUUGGUAGUUUGGAGAAGAUUUGAGGGUGAUGCUGUAGUGAAAAGUGGCGACAGCAGGAUGUGAAGAUGACAAGGACCUGAAGACAGGUUGGUCUGCAGUUGUGCGUGUCGGGAAUAACUCUGAUGACUUCCUCAAGGAAGGACUGAAAAGCAAAUGGCAAAAACAAACUCUUCCUUCUGGGGGGAAAACGAAGGGCACAAGCCUGAUUUAGUCUGUGGAAGGCCAGCUGAGAGCAUUUACAGUCAUGGGCAUUUCAUAGCCGUCAUGUGUUUGACGGUGGUUUUCGGAGGGUUUAUGAGGUCCUUUUUAAAGCUUUCUGAAGUUACUGCCUUGACAGUCCUUUCUGUACUGGGAUUUGUGAUGGGAACUCUGGCCUACCAUUUUAUUCAGGUGCAUCACCUUGUCUACCCUCUUCUAAGAACGUCAAGUUACGCACUUUAUUGUUACGUUUCACCUUUAAUUAUAUUUAUGGCUGCCCUGGAUGUGGACUUUUAUAUCCUCAAGAAUGUGCUUUGGCAGGUCUCAUUAACUGGAUUCAUCAGCUUCUCCACGGCGUUCAUCAUAAUUGGAUAUGUGGUCACGAAAUUCAAUAACCAUUCGUGGGAUCUGCAGUGCAGCCUGCUCUUCAGCAUGACCCUUGGCAUCACGGACUCGGUUCACUCCGUGAAUUCACUGAAAACCAUCGGCAUCUCCAAAAUGUAUAUUGAUAUCAUUCGAGGAGAAUCAACCAUCAUCUGCGGUGUCACGAGCAUUCUGUUUGGAAUUCUUCGGAACAACAUGCAACAGUCGUUGGUGUUUAGGGAGUUCCACGUGAUUAUGGACUUCUCCUUCCACAUGUUGGGAAGCAUCUUUUUUGGCUACUGGGGUGCCAGAAUCAUUCAGUUCAUACUGACGGACCUAUUUAGCAACACGCUGACGAGCGUCAUCCUCUGCAUCUCCCUGGUGUACAUGACGUUCUACAUCGUGGAAUUUUUUAAAAUGUCAGGUAUGCUUGCUUUAAUCACCGUGGGAAUGAACUUAGAUUCCUUAAGCUUUAAGCCGAGGAUGGAGUUCAUCAUUACUAAGUUUCUGAUAAUGUUUUCGUCCGUCUUCCAGUACUUAACAUACACGUUCUUUGGCAUUAUCGUCGGAUGUGGAGAAGUCAACUAUUUUAAGUUUAACAUCCUCACGUUCACAUUGAUCUUAUUUGUCACCGUGAACUGUGUAAGGUGGUUAACUAUUAUGUUAGUGAGCCCCAUUCUGACGCGUUUGACUUUCGAAUAUAACUGGAGAUGGGGAGUCAUCAUGUCGUGGUCUGGAAUCAAAGGCGUUUUUAACUUGCUUUUGGCUCCUGAGAUUUUUAAUCUGUCUGAACAUAAAUCAGAGUCGCCACAACUGUUUAUAUUUUAUAUACAACUAAUAUCGUUGAUGACCAUGGGGGUAAAUUCAUACAUGAUGACUCAGUUUGCCAGGAAAUUAGGUCUGUGUGCUAUUUCUCUCCCAAGGCAGAUGGCCAUGCAAAACGCCAUCAACCACAUCCAGGAGAUAAUACACAACACGAUCACGUUAUUUAAGACGGAGAAAAUUUUGACAAAUGUUAAUUGGACCCUGGUAGAAGAAAAAACUCGGAUUCAGUACGAAAUUUCUUUUCACGUUGCACCCAGUGAAAAAGAUCAGGAGUCCCUGACUGACGAAGUUUUAAUAGAAGAAGCCAGAUUGCAUGUAGCUAUCAUACAAAUGAGUAGCUUUGAAAAACAGUGCCAAGAUGGAAUCCUCGACACACAGGCAGCCCGGAUAUUAAUUGGUGCAACCAAAAGCUACUGCCCUGUCCAAGGAAAAUUCAUGAGCAUUCAUGAUGUUUCCACUUAUGUAAAAGCUAGAAGUUGGCUUAUAAAGUUUAAAAACAUUUUAAGUUUCUUGGAAUAUCGUAAAGAUAAGACACUUUUUAUUCCAUAUGGGAAUAAUACAUUUCUGAUAUUUAUAUAUCACAUUGUAUUUUCAGAAGAAUUUGAAUAUGCAGGACAUGUUAUAUCAUUUAUAUACAUUUAUCCUAUGAUAAUUCAUCUAUGGCCACUACCAAGAAAGUUAAAUGUGUCAAGUCUGAUAUUCAUAAACUACUAUUUUAUAUUUUUAUAUGUGUUAGAGUUAGCAUUGAAGAUAAUACUUUUGAAAAGGAAAUAUUUUCAUCAACAUUGGAACACUGUGGAGUUUUUUAUCCUGUGCAUUGGGAUUGUUGAUAUCUUUUGCAUAUACUUUGUCCAGAUGAGACCGGACAACUUGGUUCUUAUUCAGAUGACAGUAAUAAUAGGGUAUCUAAGAGUAAUUCGAUUUAUUCCUCUCUUCAAGAUCGUGAUACCGCUGCUGAUCAACGUCGCCGAGGUGCAGAUCAAGAAGCGCCUCAGCUUGAUGUACAGCAUCACCAAAGGCUACGUCAAAAGUCAAGAGGAUGCCAAAUUCUUAGUGAAACAAAUUUCUGGCCGAGAGUCAAUAUAUCAGAAAUUGUAUGAAAUUUUGGAAACCAACAAACGAGAUGCUGUCAAAGAACUAGGACUCAUAGAGCACGAGUGUCGUGACGUUGUCAUCGCGCUGAAGACCAGGCAGGCCAUCCAGACCGUGGUCGCCAAGGCGCUGAAGCACCUCGCCUUCAUGUGCUCACGAGGCAUCAUCGAUAAACACGAGGGCAUCGAGAUGAAUAAGGUACUUCUUUCAAAAAUAAAAGCGCUGAAUAACUUUCCAAUGGCGAUCCCGCCCCCGACUCCUGACAAGUAUCUCCAUAAUAUUGUUUGGCUGGAAAAUAAAGAGGUUCUCAUUGAGUUCUUCAAGGAAAGAGCCAAACUUGCCUAUUUCGACUACGGAGAUGUCAUUUGUAAAGAAGGUGAAAUGCCGCUGGGAAUCUACCUAAUUAUUUCAGGAAUGGCAGUUCUGCACAGCCUGCCUCCUUCCUUUGGAAUCGACCACCCCGUGAAGUCCGAGGGGGACUCCCAGAGCAUGUUCACAGAGUACUGCACGUGUGGGGACAUCAUCGGAGAGCUGAGCUGCCUGCUCAAGCGCGAGAUCGAAUACACCGCCACCUGCGAAACCAUUCUGCAGGCCUGCUUCAUCUCCCUGGAGGACUUGUACGAGGGCUUCGAUGUGUUCUGGCCGUUCCUGGAAUACAAGAUAUGGCUGAAGCUGGCUCUCAGCACGGCCCUUCAGUAUUUCGAAUCGGCUCUCGUCGACGAGGGCUUAACGUUUCAGAAGUGUGUGGAGCUCAAUGCAGCAUAUGUGGACACUUUAUCGAACUGUAACGAAAUGACUAUCGACAAGGUGACCAUGAAGUUCGUGAUUGUCGUGUUUGGCAGUGUGAUUGAUACAAAAACAGAGGUGCCAUACCUUGCACCUUGCAUCUUACCUAAAACCUGUGAGCAGAUUCAGGGAACUUCAGAUUUAAGCAAGCUACUGGUUAUCCAAGCAUCCAAGCCUGCCGAUGACAAUGGCUCCAAGGUCAUGGACUCCAUCAGCAGCAGUUCGCAGGUGGCGGAUAAGGAAUACCCCUGGAAGAGAAAAGAGUCGGAAACUGGAUCUCAUUAUCGAAAAGCACAUUAAUGGCGCUGGUACGACAUGUGAAGUUGGGUUCAAGACCAAGCCAAUAGCCUGGCUCAGUGCGGAAGGAUCACCUGGAGAGAAGUUUACUUAGAAGUCGCUGCAACAAUUUCCUGCUGCAUUUAUUUUAUCAGCAAUCGAUAGGCUGCUGACAAAGCUCUGGUUUUAAGUAGCUGCAUUUACCUGAGCUGUUCAAAAACUCU